UGGUGUCUAAGAUCAGCCUCUGCGGAGGAGCCUUGUAAAAGACGCGAUUGGGCAGUCGGAGGCAGUUGCCCCUCCCAACAACAACGAACGGCAGAGGAGCGACGCUCACAACAACGAGCGGAGGAGUGCCGGGCAGCUAAAACGCAUCAGUGGAAAUGCGUGCUCUGCAUCUCGUACGUGAGAACUGGCCGCUGAUGUUGGUGCCUCUGGGCUUCGUGAUCGGAUGGCGCCUCGACCGACACUUUGACUCCACCAUGGUCGACUACCGCAACAAGAGCAAGUUGUUCGCGAGGGAACUCAAACCCGGGGAGACGGUGACCUGGAAGUGAGGGGUUGGCUCCCCGUGACGCCCCCGACCCUUGCCCCGAACCUUCACCUGGAAGCCACCCACACUGAGAUGUCAGCCCCUCGUGUGAACUUUGAAUUGUUUCGUUUGUCCUUAUGCGAGUCGGGUCUUAAUAAACGGCCUGGCUGAUGCU